AUGUCCGUGACGGAGUAUGCUGCCGAGUUUGUUGAGUUGGCAAAGUUCUACCCACAUUAUACUGCUGAGACUGCUGAGUUCUCGAAAUGCAUCAAGUUUGAGAAUAGUUUGCGGCCUGAUAUUCAGAGGGCGAUUGGAUACCAACAGAUCCGAGUUUUUCCAGAUUUGGUGAACAGCUGGCAAACAGAGGAUGGUCUAGGAGAGAGAUCUAAGAAAAAGGAUGUUCCUGCUGAGAUUACUUAUUUCAAUUGUGGUGAGAAAGGCCACAAGAGCACUGUUUGUCCAGAGGAGGUGAAGAAAUGUUUCUGGUGUGACAAGAAGAGUCACACAUUAGCUGACUGCAAAGAUGGUGAUAUCGUGUGUUUCAACUGCAAAGAAGAGGGUCAUAUUGGGUCCCAGUGUAAGCAGCCUAAGAGGGCACUGACUACGGGUAGAGUUUUUGCUCUGAAUUCUAAGAUGGCUGGAAGGAACGAUGCUGCUAUUGCUGUUGCACUGCAAGCUGUGGCUCAAGCUGUAGGACAACAUCCACAAGUUGGUGCUGGUAACGAUGAAGUAAGAAUGAGAGAGUUUCUGAACAGAUAUUUCCCGGAGGAUGUCCGAGGUAAGAAAGAAAUAGAAUUUCUAGAGCUGAAGCAGGGAGAUAUGUCAGUAACAGAAUAUGCUGCAAAGUUUAUGGAGCUUGCUAAGUUUUAUCCACAUUACACCGCUGAGACUGCUGAGUUCUCCAAGUGCAUAAAGUUUGAGAAUGGUCUGCGUGCUGAUAUUAAGCGGGCCAUUGGUUAUCAGAAGAUUCGUCAAUUUUCUGAGCUGGUGAGUAGCUGUAGAAUUUAUGAGGAUGAUACCAAAGCCCAUUAUAAAGCUAGGGGUGAGCGGAGGAAUAAAGACAAGAGUCGUCUUAAGCCGUACAGUGCCCCGGGUGAGCAUAGGUUGAAUGACGAGAGGAGGCCCAAGAAGGAAGAGACUCCUGCUGAAAUAGUUUGUUACAGGUGUGGUGAGAAGGGUCACAAGAGUAACACAUGUACUGGUAAAGUGAAACGGUGUUUCCGUUGUGGUGAAAAGGGUCAUAAUGAGGUAGAUUGCAAUCAUGAUGAUGUGGUUUGCUACAACUGCAAGGAAGAAAGUCAUAUUAGUUCAAAGUGCAAGAAGCCUAAGAAGGCCCAGACUGGUGGGAAGGUUUUUGCUUUGACUGGUACGCAGAUGAUGCAUGAAUGA